CUUCUCUUCAUUACUCAGAGAGUUCAGAUUCAGAGAAGCUAAUAAAUGAAAAAAUCACAGUUUUAAUUUUUGGCUUUUUGUUAAGCCUUUGAACGUAAAAUUUUAUAGGAAAUUUUCUUCAUUGAAAUUUCCUAGCUUUUAGCUUUCUGCUUCUCUGCUGUUCUUGAUUCUGUUGCACUCUGUGGAAAUUGAAAAUCUCGUGGAGAAAAUCGUUUAAGGAAUUAAGUGUUGAGAAAGUAUAGUCAUGGCUAAAGAUCAAUUGCAAGUGCUAAAUGCACUAGAUGUAGCAAAAACACAAUUGUAUCACUUCACAGCAAUUGUUAUUGCUGGCAUGGGCUUCUUUACUGAUGCUUAUGAUCUUUUCUGCAUUUCUUUGGUCACAAAAUUGCUUGGCCGCAUUUACUACCACCGCGACGGGGCAUUGAAACCUGGAUCUCUCCCUCCUAACGUUUCGGCUGCUGUGAAUGGAGUCGCCUUCUGUGGGACCCUUGCUGGUCAACUGUUUUUCGGGUGGCUCGGAGAUAAAAUGGGGAGAAAAAAAGUUUAUGGAAUGACCCUUAUGAUGAUGGUUAUUUGUUCAAUUGCCUCAGGGCUUUCCUUUGGUCAUACACCAAAAAGUGUUAUGACUACACUUUGUUUCUUCAGGUUUUGGUUAGGUUUUGGCAUUGGUGGUGAUUAUCCUCUUUCUGCUACUAUCAUGUCUGAGUAUGCUAAUAAAAAGACGCGUGGAGCGUUCAUUGCUGCUGUUUUUGCAAUGCAAGGUUUUGGAAUUUUGGCUGGUGGAAUGGUGGCAAUCAUUGUUUCUGCUGCGUUUAAGGGCGCGUUCCCUGCACCAACAUAUCAGGACGGCCCUCUUGCUUCAACUGUCUCUCAGGCUGAUUUCGUGUGGCGUAUAAUUCUUAUGUUUGGUGCAAUCCCAGCUGCAAUGACUUAUUACUGGCGUAUGAAGAUGCCUGAAACUGCUCGUUACACUGCAUUGGUGGCGAAGAACUUAAAACAGGCAGCAAACGACAUGUCUAAAGUGUUGCAAGUCGAUAUUGAAGAAGAGCAAGAGAAAGUUGAGAAUGUUUCUCAAAACACAGGGAAUGAGUUUGGUUUGUUUUCUAAGGAGUUCCUCCGUCGCCAUGGACUUCACUUGCUUGGAACUGCUAGCACAUGGUUCUUGUUGGACAUUGCAUUCUACAGCCAAAACCUUUUCCAAAAGGACAUUUUCAGCGCGAUUGGAUGGAUUCCACCAGCGCAAACCAUGAAUGCGUUGGAGGAAGUUUACAAAAUUGCAAGGGCGCAAACUCUUAUCGCCCUUUGCAGUACUGUUCCUGGUUACUGGUUCACAGUAUUCUUCAUCGACAAAAUAGGUCGAUUUGCAAUUCAGUUGAUGGGAUUCUUCUUCAUGACAGUGUUCAUGUUUGCCUUAGCCAUUCCUUAUCAUCAUUGGACUCUAAAGGAUAACAGAAUCGGGUUCGUGAUCAUGUACUCGCUUACCUUUUUCUUCGCGAAUUUUGGUCCAAACGCCACAACAUUUGUUGUCCCCGCGGAGAUUUUCCCAGCCAGGCUUAGGUCAACAUGCCAUGGAAUAUCAGCAGCAGCUGGCAAAGCAGGAGCUAUGAUUGGUGCAUUCGGAUUCUUGUACGCUGCUCAACCAACAGAUCCAAAAAAGACUGAUGCCGGUUACCCUGCUGGAAUUGGUGUGAGAAAUUCACUGAUUGUCUUAGGUUGUGUUAACUUCUUAGGAAUGGUGUUCACAUUUUUAGUGCCAGAAUCCAAAGGAAAAUCAUUGGAAGAAAUGUCAAGGGAAAAUGAAGGAGAAGAGGAAAGUGGAACAGAAAUGAAGAAUAGUGGAAGGACAGUUCCUGUUUAAUUUUGGACCUUUUAACAUAUACUAUAUAUAUGAUGCAUGCUUCUGAAUUUGUGUUUUUUGGAGCUUAAGAUGAAAUAUGCUCUCUACUUUUUGCUUGUUUGUGGUGGUAAUUAUAUGGGAAAGUGGGAAGAGAAAUGAGGUCCUUUUGUUAUCUAUUUCUAUCUUUUGAAAAAAAUUAACAUAUAAGAAUGAAGAAAAUGUUUUCAAUUAGAGAUGUUCUUGUUUUCUUUA